GAUGACCAGAGACUGCGGACACAGUACAGGAGAUGACCAGAGACUGCAGACACAGUACAGGAGAUGACCAGAGACUGCAGACACAGUACAGGAGAUGACCAGAGACUGCGGACACAGUUCAGGAGAUGACCAGAGACUGCGGACACAGUACAGGAGAUGACCAGAGACUGCAGACACAGUACAGGAGAUGACCAGAGACUGCGGACACAGUUCAGGAGAUGACCAGAGACUGCGGACACAGUACAGGAGAUGACCAGAGACUGCAAACACAGUACAGGAGAUGACCAGAGACUGCAGACAGUACAGGAGAUGACCAGAGACUGCAGACACAGUACAGGAGAUGACCCAGAGACUGCGGACACAGUACAGGAGAUGACCAGAGACUGCGGACAUAGUACAGGAGAUGACCAGAGACUGCACACA